UAUUAUAUCCAUGAUUUGUUGAUUUUUGCUGCUCCUUGAAACAUUUAGUAUUAACUUUUUUUCUGAUAAGUGUCCUUUUCUACCAACUAAUUUUUGUAUUGAGCCCAUGGUAAUGUUUAUAUUGAGUAUGCUAAAAAUAUAUGUAUCAUCUAAUCUUGCAGGUCAUCGUGUGGAUUGUGGAUGUUAAAUUUCAUGGAAUACUGGACAGGAAAUAUUUUGUCUGACAUUUUUUACCAGGAACACAUGAUAAAUUUUAGGACAAAAUUGGCGGUAAUAUUGGUCGAUUCGGAAUUGAACAAUGAUGACAUAAGAAAUCGAGAUUUGUCCCUUGAUGAGGAUGAUAACACGGAUCCCGCCGAUUUUAUGAUUCUGGAUGAUCCACCGAAGAAAACAAAAUUAUCAAACUCAUCAUCAAAAGUUAAGCUCGUGUCACCGUCAUUGGUGCUUUUACCACCCCUCGAUCCAACAAAGGCCAACUUAAUGGAAUCAUCAAAAGUGGAGCCUCUAUCACUAUCAUUGGGCCUUUCACCGUCUUUCAAACCAACAAACUCUGACUUAAUAGAUGAACUUUGCUUACGCAUUAGCAUGGUUGAUGAUGUCCAGUCAUUGGAUACCGAAUGGGUGAAAAGCUCUAAUCCUUAUCCAAUUAGAUUAACUCUAAGACAGAUAAGGAACAUAUUGAAGGUGGAUGAAUAUAUGGACGCACAUUGCUUUAACAUGGCUGUGCGGAUACUAGCAUGCCAUGACAUCCAGCUUGUUAGAGAUAUUCCCGUUCAUUACAUGGAUCUGAACUUUUGUUGGAUGUCCCAAUAUGCACGAGAUCCAAGGCGCAAUGAAAAGUUGGAUAUUACUAAGUUGUCACAUUUGUUUAACUGUUGGCCUGAUAGCAAUGAGUACCAUAUCUCAGAAUGCAAUAUGAUUUUAUUACCUUGUGAUACUUUUGGGCUAUUUCAAUUAUUCGUCUUGGAUCAAAACAAAAAAGUUGUCACUAUUUUGGACCCUCUUCCAAUACCUGGUAUGGGCAAAAAUAUAUUUAAAACUAUGGUAAAAAAUCUAAACCAUUCACUUCGACAUGCAAACCCUGCAUUCAACGAGGACCUAUUCAAUUGGGGAUGCAAAGUUCCCGUUGUUCCGACAAACUCAAACGGUGCUCUGUCAGGUUAUUUGGUUUUCAAUUUUAUGCACUCUUGGUAUGAUGGAGUGUUCCAUUUUCCAAUACCCAUGGAUGAUAUUGAAAUGAGGAGGCAAUUUGUGGUUCAUAUUUUGAAGUACGAGGGUAAUGAGGCUCUAAACAAUAUCCCAGCCAUGGAACGAAGCAUUAUAGAUCGCAUACUUAGAUGGACUUUUAUGAAAGAAGCAUAAUAGACGUUGUUGCUUGGUUCAUGUUUUCUAAGUAUUUAUGUAACUAUUAUAGUACAUUUAUUUAAUUAUGCAUUUUAUGUAACUAGGUGUAUGGAUCAUGUAUUUCGAGACGCAUUUAAAUGGCUUUAUAAGUAUGGAACGUGCGUUGCACGUGCACGCUUA